CGCUUCUUCCUGAUUUCUUCCUCCGCUGGGAUCUGGUUUGUUCUCUCCCACAGUACGUUGUUGCUAAUAGUGUCCGGCCAAUGGAUCUGAAGUAUUUUGCGUAGACAAUUGUUAAUAAACACCUGUAUUUCCUGGAUGAUGGCUUUCGUAGUUCUCCAGGUUUCUGCCCCAUACAGUAGAACUGUCUUGACAUUUGUAUUGAAAAUCCUGACCUUGGGGUUGGUUGACAGUUGCUUUGAGUUCCAGAUGUUCUUCAGUUGUAAAUAUGCUGCUCUUGCUUUGCCGACCCGCGCCUUCACAUCUGCAUCAGAUCCACCCUGUUCAUCAAUGAUGCUGCCCAAAUACGUAAAGGUUUUUUACAUCUUCCAAAUGUUCUCCGUCAAUUUUGAUUGGAUUGGUGCAUUCUGUGUUGUAUCGGAGAAUCCUGCUUUUCCCUUUGUGUAUAUUGAGACCUAUUGCUGCUGAGGCUGCUGCCACACUGUUCGUCUUCUCCGGCAUCUGUUGUUGCGUUUGGGAUAGAAGGGCCAGAUCGUCUGCGAAGUCUAGAUCAUCCAACUGCAUCUUAGAUGUCCAUUGUAUCCCGCGCUUCCCUUCAGACGUUGACGUCUUCACGAUCCAGUCGAUCACCAGGAGAAAGAGAAAGGGUGAGAGUAAGCAACCUUGCCUGACACCGGUCUUCACUUCGAACGACUUUGUCAACUGUCCUCCAUGCACAAUUUUGCAGUGUAAUCCAUCAUAUGAGUUCUGUAUGAUAUUGACUACCUUCUCAGGUACGCCAUAGUGUCGAAGAAGCCUCCAUAGUGUUGUUCUGUCCACGCUAUCAAAUGCCUUUUCAUAGUCAAUGAAGUUGAUGUAGAGUGAUGAAUUCCAUUCAAUUGAUUGUUCCACGAUGAUCCGUAGAGUUGCGAUUUGGUCUGUACACGAUCUAUACUUACGGAAUCCUGCCUGUUGGUCACGAAGUUGGGCGUCUACGCAGUCCUUCACCCUGUUUAACAAUACCCUGUUGAAGACUUUUCCCGGUAUUGAGAGAAGAGUGAUGCCCCUGUAGUUAUCACACUUGCUGAGAUCGCCUUUCUUCGGUAUUUUGAUCAGAAGUCCUUCUUUUCAGUCUGUUGGUACUUGUUCCUCAUCCCAAAUCUUAUUGAAGAGAAUGUGGAGUAUCCUUGCAGUUGCCGCUACGUCUGUUUUUAGUGCCUCUGCUGGGAUGUUGUCCGGUCCUGCUGCUUUGCCACUCUUGAUUUGUCUGAUGGCCAUGCUGAUUUCUUCAAUUGUUGGUGGGCCAACAUUGAUUGGGAGGUCCGUGGGUGCUGCUUCGAUGUUGGGUGGGUUUAGUGGAGCUGGUCGAUUCAAGAGUUCUUUGAAGUGUUCUACCCACCUGUUUUGUUGCUCUUCAAUGUUGGUGAUUGCCUUGCCUUCCUUGCUUUCCACUGGUCGUUCUGGUUUGUGGCGAUUUCCAGAGAGUUUCUUUGUCGUGUCAUACAAUUGUCUCAUGUUUCCUUCUCUUGGAGCCUUUUCCGCCGCCGUUGCUAAAUCUUCCACAUAUUUACGUUUGUCGGUUUUGAUGCUCAUCUUCACUUGUUUGUUAACUUCUGUGUAUUCAGCUUGUGCCUUGGCUUUUUCUGCUCUUGUUCGACUGGUAUUGAUUGCUGCUUUCUUGUUCCUCCUUUCUUGAAUCUUAUCCAGUGUAUCAACAGUGAUCCAUUCCUUGUGAUGGUGCUUCUUGUGACCCAGGACCUCAUGACAUGUUGAAGUGAUUGCCUCUUUGAUCCCCUUCCAGUUGCUCUCCACAGUAGUUUCUUCUCCAUUGAGUAGAUCAUGAAAGGCCUGGAACUUGUUGCUGAGGUCUAUCUUGAAUUUGUUGAGUUUGUUAGUAUCCUGAAGAAAGGCCGUAUUGAACUUUUAUGAUAUUGUCCGCCCCGUUGUCCAGUGCUUCUUGAGUUUCAAUUUCAUCUUGGCGACCAGCAAGUGAUGAUCUGAUGCUAUAUUAGCUCCUCUCUUGGUUCUCACGUCCUCUAUAGUCCUUCUGAACGUUUUGUUGAUGCAAAUAUGGUCGAUUUGGUUUUGUGUAGAGUGAUCCGGUGAAGUCCAUGUGGUUUUGUGUAUGCGUUUAUGUGGGAAUAUGGUGCCACCUACAACCAGUUUAUUGAAGGCACAUAGAUUUGCAAAUCUCUCACCGUUUUCGUUUCUUUCUCCCAGUCCGUGUCGUCCCAUGAUGUCUUCAUAUCCAGUGCUGUCCACUCCAACCUUGGCAUUGAAAUCUCCCAUCGGAAUAGUCAGGUCUUUUGUUGGGCACUUCUCGAUGAUUUACUGCAGCUUAUCGUACAAUUGAUCUUUAGCGUCUUCAUUGUAGUCGUUGGUAGGCGCAUAGCAUUGGAUGAUGUUCAUUGAAAUGCCUUCCUUCUUUGUUUUGAAGGAGGCUUUGAUGAUCCUUGGUCCAUGAGAUUCCCAUCCUAUAAGCGCAUUUUGCGCUUGUUUGGACAGCAUCAAUGCAACUCCUUGUGUAUGUGGUGCAUUUUCUUCUUCAUGGCCGGAGUAUAACAGGAGCUCUCCUGUAGUUAGUCGUUGUUGUCCAACUUGUGUCCAAUGUGUUUGACUGAUCCCAAGUACCUCUAGGUUGUAUCUUCUCAUUUCUGCAGCAAUUUGGAAAGCUCUCCCGGUGUCCCACAUUGUACAAACAUUCCAUGUACCUAAAUAAAUGGUCGCCCUGGUUGUCAGAAGGGGCAUCAGCCUCGUAACCUCCGAAGGAAUUCGGCUUUCAUCAUGAAGCGUCAUAAUUCUUCUAAAUGAAGACCUUCUGACUCCCAGGGCAGAGUUUAAAAGGUUUGAAUAAUUUUUUCUGGUUAGCGUUUUUUUAGCGAGUUAGUUUUCUACGGGAUGGGGACGCUAACCCCAUGCCCAACCCUCCUCCUUUAUCCGGGCUUGGGACCGGCAGUAGCCCCCGGAGGGACUCCAGGCGGAGUUACUCUGUCACUACGCUGCUCAUUAUUAAACGGACGCAUUUAGUAGGGACAAAAUAUAAUCUGUUUUCAAGCUUUUGUCUAAGGGAUUCAGUAAAAUUUGUUCCUUUGACAUUUUCAGUUAACAAGGAUUUAAAUGAUAUUUCCAUGUUCAUCAAAUCUAUAGUUAGUAAAGUUAUUUGUAUCAGUAUAAAGUCAAAAGUGUCUGCUGGAUGCAGAUUACUAAGAAAUAUUAGAUGGGUAUUAUUACUCCUAAAAUAGGAAUGUGAUAUAAUUUAAAAACAGUAACAAAUUCAAAUUAUCAAGGGAUUCAUCUAUAUAUUCAUUCUCUUUGUCCUUUAUCUUUAUAUUCGUGUGUUUCGAUUCCUUUGACCAGUUACCGGAAUUUUGACCUUUAUUCUUCAUUUAUCCGCGUUACUUACUGAAUAAACAAGAGUCCAUUGCAUGUGAUAUACUGGUUUGCGUCUUUCAAUAUAUUCUUGGAAUUUUCAUGUACAUAACUAUGGUAGAAGAUAAACCUGUUUCUUAUCAGGAGAGCGCCACAGAAUACAAUACACUAGCCAGUAGUAAAAUGGAUCCAAUAUACUCUGGUGAACAUUGCGAAGCUUCUUCUGAAUACGUUACUGCAAUUUACUCGUACAUGCCCCAGCAUUCAGACGAAAUAAAUCUACGAACGGGUCAAAAAAUUAAGAUUUUGUCCAAAGACUGUCGACAUUCUGGAGCUGAAGGAUGGUGGGUUGGCCAAGAACCAAAAACAGGUUAUGUUGGUGUGUUUCCUAGUGGAUAUGUUUUAAAUGCAGAUGACAUUGCAAACAGUGAAUCUUCAGGAGCGAAUGAAAUGAAAGCUAAUUCUUUUGAACCAAAUAAAUGGAAUGAUGUCACAUUUGGGAUAGGUAACAAUACGGACAAAACUAUAACUGUAAAAACAAAGGAAGAGAUAUCUCUCGACAAAAAGUUACCUGACAGUGACGUAAUCCUUAGACACGGUCAUGUUAGAACAAUUCCUGCUACUGAGUUAGUGCAACAACAGUUUAUUGGCUCAGGAGCAUUUGGAAAAGUUUAUCGAGGUCUUUGGCGUGAACAGGAUAUUGCACUAAAAGUAUUUGAUCUAGCUACAAAUCAGGUAGACAAUGAAGCCUUGCAUAUGUGUAGAUUAUCUCAUCGGAACAUUGUGAGAUUUUAUGGGAUCUGCAGGUUAGACAGCUCUAAUUUCCCAGCACUUGUAAUGGAAUAUGCUUAUGGUGGUUCUCUGAACAUGGUUCUCAAUCAACGACCUUUAUUAGGUCCCCUUGUUCUACUUGAUUGGGCAUUACAGAUCGCUAGUGGAAUGGCAUAUUUACAUACAGAUGCCAGAAUUUGUCAUCGAGAUUUAAAAUCAUCUAACAUUCUUAUCAGAGAAGCUAUUCAGAAACCAUUUUCUCUAAAUGAACUUCAAAGGUGUACCCUAUUGAUAACUGAUUUCGGAAUGGCUUGUCGUUCUAGUCAACUAGCGCCACAACAGUCUAAACUAGGCACUGUUGCAUAUGCAGCUCCAGAAGUUUGUCGUCAAGAGGGAUUUUCUUUUAAAUCGGAUAUUUGGUCAUAUGGUGUUGUGUUAUGGGAGUUGCUUACAUUAGAUAUACCAUUUCGCGCAAUGGAGCAACCUAGAUUAUUGUUUAUUAUUGCAAUGUAUAAUUAUACCCUGUACAUACCACCAGGCGUUCCAGAUCUCUUUGUCCAAUUACUUAAAGAUUGCUGGUCACCUACUCCUGUUAGUAGACCUAAAUUUGAAAAUAUUAUGGCUCGACUUAAAUCAUGCAAAGAUUGCAGUUUUGUAGAUUUAGAACCUAGUGAAUUAGCUCAAAUUCAACAGGAUUGGCGUGAACUUAUAGCAGUCCACUAUAAAGAAGAACAACAAACCGUAGCUGAAGCACUAUCAUCAUCGUUCAAAAGUGGAAGUUUAGAUUUUUCAACAGAACUUUUAACACAGCUGGAAAUGUUACGUGAUUAUCGCGAAUCACUGGAUAGGGUCAGAGCAGAUCUAGUAGAAAAAGCUCAUCAACUUCAUAUAAAAGAGGAAUUGUAUAAUCGAGUGGCUGACACAAUGGGUCAACAUUUUAUGUUUUUGGCUGUACUGGCUGCUAAUCAUUUUAAAGAUCCUACUCAUAAAAUUCAAACUGCUCAACCCAAACCUCCUCCACCUAGAAAACGUCCGUUUGUUCGUAGUAUUUUUAAGCGAUGGGGAACUAAUGGUAAUCCAUGUUCCACACAUAAUGACUACGUUAAUUCAGCUACUUCGUCCACUAAUAAUUUCCAAGUAAAGGAUCUUAAACGGUCAAUUAAUUCUUCACAAUAUACUUCUAAUAAUCGUUCACAUUUGAAUGUAAAUACAAAUAAUUCUUCAGAUUUGAAUAAUUCUUUUUGUGAUGAAACUCAAUCGAUUUCACGUGACACAUCCAGUCGAGUUGGUUGUAGUCAAGGUGGAAUACCUUUAAUCUCACCUCCCACAGAUAUGAAACAUGUGGUUCAUGUGGACUCAGAUUGGUUUACUGGUCAAGGAUUAUGCGAGUCAACGAUGCGGUUAUUUCCUUCUGCUAAAAUCACAAGCUCUUCACUGGGUUCAAAUACUGACAAAUAUCGUAAUAUGUCACCAGGUCAUUGUUACAGUCCUCAAAUAAGAACGUUUGUGAGCACUAAGUCGGAUAGUAAUAUGACAGAUAAAUCUAAUCCGAAGUCACCACGUAUUUAUUCUAGUGGAAAUAAUAUUACAGAUCUUCGAUCACGUGAACAGCGUUUUGUUGAUGUCCAAACAAACUCACAAAGAAAUUUGAAUCGGUUGCCUAGGAAACAAAAUUUUAUUCGGAAAUUUGAAAGUAAAAACAAUUUAGAUUUCCUACAAAAGUCAAGUAAUCACUCAGUUGGGUUUAGUAAUUUUUUCACGCCGAUUAACUCCUGUUGCUAUGAUACGAAUAAUGACUUACAUCGUAGUGAACAUUCUCAGAGUGGAUAUCAUCACUGUAGACCCAUAAAACCCAUCAUAGGAAUUGAUAAUCGUAUGCGUAAUAAUAAUAGUCCACCGUUUUUUGAAAGACGCCGUUCAGCUUCUGGACCGGUUACCUUUUUUACUCGGUAUCCUAAAAUCAACGAUCAGCUCAAGAGUAAUCCUGAUGAAAGUUUACUCGAAGGGAAACUUAACGAAUUACUUUGUAUUAUUUGUGACCCUUCUAUGCCGUUACUAACAUCUGGUUGUACUCAACAUUAUUAUGGAAGAUCUCUGUCUACUACAACACCCCCUACUGCUUGUUUUAGCUCAGAUAUUACUGAAAGCUCUUAUUUCUUGAACCCCACUGGAAAUUCAACUGUUGAAAAUGUGUUGUUGUCAGCAUUUCGUCUUCUAGCUUCCUUUUGUUUUUGGGGUGUUGAACCUGAUAUUGAUGACAGGAAAGCGAAUUCGUUAAUUCCUCUCUAUUCUACACCACGUUCGUCCCAUAAUUUUGGAAAGAUUUAUCCUGUUUCAUAUUAUACCUCACAAUCGAGUCAGAGUUAUAGUAGACAGAAGAAUUCAGUGAGAAAUGCUGCUAACUCAUCACUAUUAUUCGGACACAGCGAAUCUGAUUUUCAGCAUGUUUUCUCAAGUAAUUCAGUCUGUCCUAUUGAAAAGCGCAAGUAUAAAUUUUCAAUUCAAAACACACGACGUAUACAGAGCGCUGAUCGUCGUCGCAAUUAUAAAUAUAAUACUUCUUUAAAAUGUCCUGUUUGUGUAAAUAUGGGCCUUGACUUUAUCCAUCCAUGUGAAAAGUUUCCAGAUCAUCAAGUUGAAUUCGGGGACCCACAUUCACCAUUUCUCGGUAUGCUAGCAGGAAGUGGAAGACGACCUAAUCCAUCUCCAAAUAUGAAGGAAAUAAAUCAUUCCAAUUUUCCAAUCAUCCCAUCAAAUGAAAUGAUUUCAAGUGAUAAGCGAGAAAACUAUUUCACUUUUCAACAUGAUAAUUUUUUGAAAGAUAUCAAUCAAAAAAUAGGUGGGCAACAACAGUGUAAGCAAAACAAGCGCAGUGAUAAUAGUAACAAUAAUUCCCAGCAAUAUACUCAUUGUAGUUUAUGUAAUAAUAAUCAAAUGGAAAUAGUUGAGAAAAAUGAAUCCACAGGCAACACAAGACGGCUUUCUUAAUCGGACCAUUUAUGAACCAUCUGAAGAUCCUGAAUUUUGUUAUUCCCCCUAUUCAAAUCAGACAUCUCAAUCUAAUUCUCUCCAACGUUCCAGCGACAAUCAAUCUUUUUCUAAUUCUGGUGUUUAUCCAAAUAUUCAUGCAUUGUUCAUUGAGAACGACUCAAAAUCUGAAUCUGGAUCAGAGUUUGAAAGUUACGAUGAUGCAAAUGAGUUAGAUUAUCCCAAUUUUAUUUUACAUUUCUCUUCUUCACCUCCAAAACACUCUCAACAGCCCCAAAACUUUUAUUCACCUUCAAAAAUACAUUUAAAUGAUUCAGAUAAGCCCCCAGAAAAUAAUGACUACUCCCACAAUCUUAAUGUAAAUAUUGAUACCUGUCGAGAAGAUUAUGAUCGUGUAACUCUUGUGCCAGUUGAAUCCGGGGAACUAAGUAACGUAAUUCAACCAUAUUCAGAUAAUGAGGGAAAAGGAGAGCCUUUAGCCGAAUACUACAAUGGUAAUUCGACUACCAAAAUGACUGUAAAGAGGGUUCUUCAUCGAAGUCAAGCAAUUCGUGAGCGACAUAGACCUACGUUUUUGACCCUUUUCCGAAACCGAUCACUUCCUAGCUGUGUAGACAGCGAUUGCUCGUGUUUGGAAUCCUGUUCAUUCGUCCUUUAUCCUUCAGAUAAUGGUGUCGAUGAAGUCUCUGAUUUUCCUCACAAGGCGAAAAGUUCCAAGAGUCCUUCUGGUCCAUUUGUUUCUCUACAUUCUACAUUCAUUUAAUCUCUUUAUAUUUUGCCAUGUUGAUUUAUUUUCCAAGUCUGUCAAUGAAUAACGUAUUUUCUCUGUGAUUACUAUCUGUUCUACUUUCACUAUUUAGGUUGAACGCAUUUAUUAUUAUUUUUAGGUAAUUUUUGAUGGUCAAUCUUACAUAAAUCUUUUUAACACCUUGUCUAGCACACAGUAUCUGUAUUUUUUUUCAGAUAUAUUUUAUUUAAUGCAUCUGU